AUGGAAAUUCUGGAUUUAAAAACUUUUGAUAGAAUAGUUGUAUUAGGUAAUAAGAAAGACAGUAAAACAAAUAAUGGAUAUUAUCAGUUAAAUAAUAUCCAAACAACUAGAUAUACCCUCUAUACAUUUUUACCAAGAAAUUUAUAUGACCAAUUUAAUAAUGUGGCUAAUAUUUAUUUUUUAAUCAUUGCAAUACUCCAAAUGAUUCCAUCAAUAUCUACAUCUGGAGGUAUUCCAACAAUUGCAUUACCAUUAAUUUGUAUGCUAGGAUUUACAGCAAUUCAAGCUGCAUAUGAAGAUUGGAAACGAUAUAAAUGUGAUCUAGAAAUUAAUAAUAUACCAACAUAUAUCUUUAAUACUACCAGUAAUAAAUUUAUAAUGAGUAAAUGGGGAAAUAUAGCUACAGGGGAUCUUGUAGUUGUUAGAAAUCGGGAAGUAUUUCCAGCAGAUAUGAUCUUAUUAGCAUCAAGCCAAUAUGAUAAUAGGGUAUUUGUAGAAACAACUUCUAUGGAUGGUGAGACAAAUUUAAAAUUACAUGAGAGUCCAAGAACAUUAUAUAAGAAUGAUAUUUGCAAUAUAAAUGAUAUAUUAAAUAUAAAUGGUCUAUUUUAUUGUAAGAAACCAAAUGAACAUCCUAAUGAAGUUAAUAUAACAGCUAAAAUUAAUAUUAAGAGUGAAAAUAAAUCUACUAGAGAAUUAUAUUUUUCAUGUAAUCCAGCAAAUAUGUUAUUACGAGGUUGUAGAUUAAGAAAUACAGCUUGGGCUUUAGGAGUAGUUAUUUAUACAGGUCAUGAAACGAAAAUAUAUAUGAAUAGUAUACGUUCAGCUCCUCAUAAGAUGAGUCUUGUAAAACAAGUAUAUAAUAAUGUUACAAUUCUGUCAUUUAUAUUUUUGAUAUUUGUAUGUUUAUUUUUUGCACUUAUAACUGCAUAUAUAGAUUUUUUUGGAGAUAUUAAAUGGAAAAGUAGAUAUAUUCCUAUAGGGAAGUAUACAGAUGAAAAGAAUAUAAUGAAAGUAAUUUUUUUAACAUUUUUCACAUGGGUAAUUAUAUUAGCUAAUUUAAUACCAAUUGGAAUGUUUUUUUACCUUGUAGUAGUAAAAGUAACUCAAUCUUGGGUAAUUACUAGUGAUCCUAGAUUAUCUCGACAAGAGCAUCCAACAGUUGUUAGAAAUUCUGAUUUAAAUGAUGAGUUAGGUCAAAUAUCAUAUAUAUGUACCGAUAAAACUGGAACUUUAACACGGAAUUAUAUGGAAUUAAAAGUCAUUUGUAUAAAUGGAAUAAUAUAUGGAGGAAAUAGUGAUAAUGAGAAAUUAGAUUUAACUGAAAUAUCUGAAGAUAAUCAUUUUACUAAUAUAAAAUAUACACCCCAUGUAGAUAUGAAAGAUGAAUAUUUAAGAAAUAAAUUAAAGGAUGGAAGUAUAGAGGAAAUUGAAUUUUUAUUAAAUCUAGCUUUAAAUAAUACUGUUUUAAUACAAGAUUUUGUUGAAGAUAGUGAUGAGACCCCAUUAUAUUCUGCAAGUUCAACUGAUGAAGAAGCUUUAGUUUUAACUGCUCAUCACUUUGGAAUUUCACUAUAUAAACAAAAGGGUUCAAGUAACUUUAUAAAGUUUGCAAAUGUUAUGAGUAAUUCAAAAAUUGUAGAAUUUGAAACAAUAUUGAGACUUGAUUUUGAUCACUAUAGAAAUCGAAGCUCUGUAUUAGUAAAAUUUUUAUCAAAAUCAUUAUGUGAUUAUAAGAAUGAAACAGAAUAUCGUUAUAUAUUAUUUUGUAAGGGAUCAGAUUCUGCUAUAAAAGAAUGUUGUUCUUCAACAAAUAAGAAAUCUAAUUCAUAUAUAAUAAGUUUAGAUAAUUCUCUUGAAUUUGCUACAAAAGGUUAUAGAACUUUAUGUUUUGCAAGAAGGGAAUUUAAAUAUGAGGAGAUUGCUAAUAUAAUUGAGAAUUUUAGGGAUAACAAGUCAUUAUAUUUACAAGAAACAAUAAGACUUUUAGAAUCUGACUUAACAUUACAAGGUUGUUCAGGAAUUGAGGAUCUACUUCAAUAUGAUGUAAAGAAUACAAUUGAAUCUUUUAUAAAUUCAGGAAUAAAAUUAUGGAUGUUGACAGGUGAUAGAUUAGAAACUGCUAUAAAUAUUGCAGCUAGAGUUGGUCUUAUUAAACCUGAUAUGGAAGUUAUAGUUUUCGAUGAAUCAACUUUAAACUUUAUUAUUGAUCAUUAUAAAGAUAUUAAUUCAGAAUUUAAUAAUGAAGAUAAUACUUGGCCAAAUGCAGUUUUAGUUGUAGAUUCACCAAUGUUAGAAAGGGCUUUAGAUAUGGAUCGUGAAAAAUUUGCCAAUAUUGCAACACGUUGUAUAUCAGUUGUUUGUGCUCGUGUUACUCCACAACAAAAAGCUAAUAUUGUAAAACUUAUUCAAGAAUAUACUAAAUUGAGAGUUUUAGCAAUUGGGGAUGGUGGGAAUGAUUGUACAAUGAUUCAAACCGCAAAUGUAGGUGUUGGUAUUCAUGGAUCAGAGGGUAUGCAAGCUUUUAAUGUAUCAGAUUAUGGUAUUUCUCAAUUUUCAUGCCUUCGGCCUCUAGUUCUUAUACAUGGUCGUUUAUGUAAUAGAAGAAUAUCUAUUUUGAUAUUAUAUAAUAUGUAUAAAUGUUUUACAUUAAAUAUGGUUAGUGUAUAUUUUGGUUUUGUAUCUUUAUUUACAGGUUCUAAAAUAUUUUUUGAAUUAUUAUUUCAGUUAUACAACUUUAUAUAUACGUCAAUUCCUCCUUUAUUAUUUUCUACAUUUGAUUCUGAUGUACCAAUUACACUACCUUACAACUAUCACGAACCACUUUAUUUAUUAGGAAUUAAAAAACCAUAUAUGUCAUUUAGAAGAUUUUUUGAAUGGAUAGCAAUUGCUAUUUAUCAUGCUGCAAUAGCUUUUUACAUACCAUUUAUUUUAUUAGGUGGUAAUAAUCCUGUGAGUAAAGAUGGUUUCGUUCCAGAAUUUUGGUUUACUGGACUUGCUAUUUAUACAAACAUUAUAAUAAUUGUAAAUGUCAAGAUAUCUUUAGAAACAUAUACAGCUUGGAAAUUUUUAUUUGCAUCAAUAUUAUUAUGUAUUAGCUUUUAUAUAAUUUCAUUAUUUAUAUUCCCAAUAAUAUUUCCACUACCUGAGUUAUCUGCAGCCGCAGAGAGAGCCUUAUUCACACCUAUGUUUACUAUUACAAUAAUUAUUUCAGUUACAUUAUCUUUAUCUAUGGAUUGGAUUUUCAAAGUAUAUAAGAGGAGUCUAUAUCCAGAAUAUUUUCACUUGAUACAAAAUAAGUGGUAUCAAUUUUUUUCCAAAAAAUAUUAUCAGCAUAGGAGACUCUUACUUGCACAAGUAUCAUCUUAUUGGCUAGAAUCAAUGAGGCAUAUUAUUAAAAAAAAAUCUUCAAGCUUAAUCUCACUUAAUAUACAUAGAAGAUCAUCCGAAAUUAUUGGAUAUGCAUUUAAUUCACCAGAUAAUAAUGUUGGUCAACUACUUCUUUCAAAUAGACAUGAUUCAAACAAAUAUAUAGAUCAUGAUCUUUUACACUUUUAA